UUCAAAAUUUACAAAAUGGCAGACAAUGCUGAUUCCGAAGCGGGAAGUGAUGGCAAUUUUGUAUCAAAGUUCAUGUCAGAGUUGCUUUCUAGUCCAUUAAACUUAGCACUGCUAGGUGUUUGUGGUUUUCUGUUAUACAAAAUAAUUAUGGGACAGAAAAAACAAGAACCAGCUCCGCCAAGAGAGCCAGAGUUGCCAAAACUGAAGAAACAAGAUAUGACCCUUGAACAGUUGAGAGAAUUCGACGGUAAAGGUCCAGAUGGAAGAAUACUCUUGGCAGCAAAUGGCAAAGUUUUUGAUGUAACUCGAGGGAAACGGUUCUACGGGCCAGGAGGCCCAUAUGGUUUGUUUGCUGGUCGUGAUGCCUCAAGAGCCCUUGCCACUUUUUCAAUGACUGAUGAUGUAUUUCGUAAUGAAUAUGAUGAUUUGUCUGAUCUCACAAGUAUGCAGAUGGAAAGUGUGCGGGAAUGGGAAAUGCAGUUUACUGAAAAAUAUGAUUAUGUUGGGCGAUUACUUAAGCCUGGAGAGCAGCCAAGGGAUUAUUCCGACACAGAGGAUGAACAGGGUGAGGAGAGUAAAGAUAAAACAGAUGCUGAUAAAAAAAAGGACUAAUGUGAAUGGUUCAGCAGAUUGCUUUUGGACUAGCAAUAGUGUUAGAUUGGCGAAAAAUGUGAUACAUUUAUUUCAUUUAUUUGCAUAAAUCACUUUGGCACUUAGAAAUGACCAAUGUUUAAUUGUAGAGGAUAUAUAUUUUUGUGCCCCAAAUUGCAUUUUUUUGUGGGGGGGGUGUCGGCUCUUGGAAUUGCCAAUGUCCGUCUUGUCUGUCCAAAUUUGUGUCGUGCAUAUCUCAAAAAAAAGUUUUUGACCCAGAGUCAUAAAACCUCACAGGAUUGUUAUUCAGCAUGUAAAGUUGUGCACUUAUUGUUUUAAUUGGGAUCUCACACAGCCAUACCAGAGUUAUGACCCUUGACAGUGAAAAAUACAUGUGGGUAAAAGUUUGUGUAGUAUAAUUAUGUCUUAAAAAAUAUUUCACCUAGAGCCAUGAAACUAUGUACAGUGACAGGAGGUAGGGGAGCCUGUGUCCAAUAGACACAUAUCUUGUUAAACUAUAAAUUUACUCGUAUAAAUACAGGUGCAUUUAGAUGCUGGUAACAGUAAGCACUUCUUUUACAUGAGUUCUUAACUAUUUCUUGUGUUAUAAUAUUUAGUUACUUUAAAAGGUACUUUUAGGCAGUAAAUAAAUCGCAUGAAUCGAAAUUAUUUUGUUUUCUAAAAUGUAAACAUAGAAUUUUUUAACAUUGUCAUGUUUGGGGAACAAAAUGACUAGACAAAAUUGAUUUUCUGGUCUUUGAAUUUUGUUCCAGUCAAUAGUAAUCAACAUACAUGAUUUUUAUUGACACAUAUCAUAUAGAUGGUACAAAUAUUUAAACACUUGCAUGCUUUUUUGUUUUAAUAAAUUCAGACUUCCAUCAAAUGGAGACUUUGAA